AUGCAUGUUGUGCUGAAAACUGCCAGGCAUGUCUUGGGCAAAGGCAGUUUUGGUAAAGUAUUGCUGGCCGAGUUACGUGGCACAGAAUGUGUGUACGCAGUUAAAUGUUUAAAGAAAGACGUAGUUCUCGAGGAUGACGAUGUCGAAUGCACGUUAAUCGAGAGAAAAGUCCUCACGCUGGCAACUAGACAUCCGUAUCUUUGUCACUUGUUUUGUACUUUCCAGACUGAUUCGCAUCUCUUUUUUGUUAUGGAAUACCUCAAUGGGGGUGAUCUAAUGUUCCACAUACAGAAGUCCGGCCGAUUCUCUGAGGUGCGUGCGCGUUUUUAUGCCGCCGAGAUCUGGUCUGGAUUGAAUUUCCUGCAUAAGAAGGGUAUUGUUUACCGUGAUCUGAAGCUCGACAAUGUCCUACUUGAUUUCGAGGGUCAUAUUAGAAUCGCAGACUUUGGCAUGUGUAAACUUCAAAUCUUCUUAGACAGAACGGCCGAUACGUUCUGUGGUACGCCAGAUUACAUGGCACCAGAGAUAAUAAAAGGACUUAAGUAUAAUCAAGCUGUAGAUUGGUGGUCGUACGGUGUUCUGUUAUAUGAAAUGCUAACUGGCCAAUCGCCGUUUUCUGGAUGCGACGAGGAUGAGCUGUUUUGGAGCAUUUGUAACGAACGGCCAUUUAUACCUCGAUAUUUAAGUCAAGAGGCUACCGAUAUACUUAUCUGUUUAUUGGAAAAAGAUUCUGGAAAGAGGUUACCUGCUCACGAAAUCGCUGUACAUACUUUCUUUCAGCAUUUGCCUUGGGAUCGAUUGGAAAGAAGACAAUUAGAACCACCGUUUAAACCCGCACUUGAUCACACUUUGGAUACGAAAUACUUUGAUACGGCAUUCACGACUGAACGUCCGAGGCUUACGCCAGUGCCUGAGCAGAUCUUGACUUCAAUGGAUCAAGGGGUUUUCCGUGGAUUCUCUUACACAAAUCCGAAUGCGACGGAUUGACGUAAAACAGUUGAAUGGAAAGCAUGAACAUUAGUCAUGAACGGUAUCCGUUAUUUCCAAUUUUUUGUGCCAUCCGAUAACAAGAAAGAAGAUCGUAUAUUCUUAUCGGCUAGCAUAUAAAAUCAAUGUUCGCUUUAUAUUUUUGAAGUAGUGACGAUAUUAUAUAAUGUUAAUAUAUGUGUAAAUCGCAUCUUAAGAACAUAUUUGUGUGAACAAUAUGAAUUACAGAGAGAAGAUCGUGUAAGACAUAUAAUGGGUGCAUCCAGAAGCACGACCGCUCACUGAGCGCUCAAUAAGCUUUUUUAUCUGAUUGGCAU